AUGGUUCAGAAAAAUGACACGUCAUACUUUUCUCGACCUGAUUUGGCCAAUGAAGACGGUCGACAAAAGGUAUUAUCUCAACAUAUGUCGGGAUUUAACCCUGGACCUUCGGAUCGCUGUGUCACUCUACGUCACUUCCGAUUUCUAUUUAAAAAGAUAUUCGUGUCCACUUGGACAUCUAAUUUCCGGGUCAAAACGGCUGUUAUUUUUUUACUUAGUCAUUUAAAACGUUUACGUAUGUCCUUUCACAAGCCCUUCGAUGCGGUCGUUGAUUUUAAGGUCUGUAAGUUUGAGAGAAUCAAACCUUAUUUCCACGAAACACAAUAG